CCAUCAUGUGAUCUCGGGAGGUAAAUAACGUGGACUCCACUUUGCUGACUCCAGUAAGGAUCCAGAUGCCAAAAGGCAAGGAAUGCCCUUCGUGGGGAAUGAGUCCAGCUCCACUUACCUGGAAACAGAGGCAGACAGAUUGCACAAGAUUUCAAUGCAAUAUGAAAAUGCCCAUGACAACUUUUGUUGGGAGACUAUGGUUUGUGUAAUGAGAAGAAAGCUGAACUCUUCAAUGUACUUCUGAGAACCUGUUGCAGAAUCAGAUUAUCAGUGUGCUCCUAAAUUGGGAAAACUCCAACAUGAAUACAUCGCUUCUCUCCUUGGCAGGAAACUAUUCUUUUCAAAAUGUUUCUAAAGAGACUUCUGGCCUUGCACACUUCCAGAACGAUGACUGUCCUGUGCCUUUGGUGAUGGUCUUCACCUUGGCCCUGGCUUAUGGAGGUGUUAUCCUUCUUGGCCUUUCUGGAAAUCUCGCCUUGAUCAUCAUCAUCUUAAAGCAAAAGGAGAUGCGCAAUGUGACCAACAUCCUCAUUGUCAACCUUUCCUUUUCGGACCUCCUAAUCACCAUCAUGGGUCUCCCCUUCACUUUUGUGUACACUUUAAUGGAUCACUGGGUCUUUGGGGAGGCCAUGUGCAAGCUGAAUCCUUUUGUUCAGUGUGUCUCUGUCACAGUAUCGGUCUUCUCUUUGGUCCUCAUUGCUAUUGAACGCCAUCAACUGAUUAUCAACCCUCGAGGAUGGAGGCCAAAUAACAGACAUGCCUAUAUAGGAAUUGCUGCUAUCUGGAUCAUAGCUGUGUUCUCCUCAUUGCCUUUCCUAAUAUAUCACAUUCUAACCGAUGAACCAUUCACAAAUCUAACAAUAGAGGCAUACAAAGGAAAAUAUGUGUGCAUGGAUUCUUUUCCAAUGGAGUCUAUCAGGCUUUCAUAUACCACUGCUCUCUUGGUAAUGCAGUACUUGAUCCCCCUGUGCUUCAUAUUUAUUUGCUACUUAAAGAUAUACAUGCGCUUAAAAAGAAGGAACAACAUGAUGGAUAAGAUGAGAGAUAAUAAAUACCGAUCCACUGAAACAAAAAGGAUCAACAUCAUGCUGAUUUCUAUUGUGGUUGCAUUUGCGGUAUGCUGGCUGCCUCUCACCAUCUUCAACACAGUCUUUGACUGGAAUCACGAAAUUCUUCCUGCAUCUUGCAGCCACAACUUGUUGUUUUUGAUCUGCCAUCUUACGGCUAUGAUCUCAACCUGUGUGAACCCCAUCUUUUACGGGUUUCUCAACAAGAAUUUCCAAAGGGAUUUGCAGGUUUUCUUUCGUUUCUGUGACUUCCACACAAGGGACGAUGACUAUGAGACGAUUGCCAUGUCCACAAUGCACACAGACAUUUCAAAGACAUCUUUGAAACAAGCCAGUCCGAUCACGUUUAAAAAAAUCAGUGACAGUGAUGAUGAAAAAAUCUAAUUCCCAUACAUAUGUCAUUGGGGAAUGGACAAGCACAAUCCUUUGAAGAAAUUAGCUUCUACUCCUACCCAAAGGGAAUCUUGGAUGUUCAUAUUCAUAUCUCUGCUGUUCAGUUGCUUUUUUUUGCUGCUGUAGAAACAUAAUAUAAAGAAAUGUUAGCUUUAUUCUCUGUGAAGCUUCUAUCAAGAAUCUCAUCACCCUUUCAGUCCUGGAAUAUUUCUGUCUAAGAUUAACUGUAUUUAUGUAAAAGAAUGUAAAAAAAAAUAGACGGCUUCCCCUAAGUCCUUUGGCAUAAAGACUCUCUCGUACAGAACUGGAUCCUUCUGCUUUGAACAGCUCUUUUUAGUCUUUUAAAAACCCUGUAUUCAAGAAGCAAAUGAUUGUCUUGAAAGUGUUAUUUCAAAACAUGCAGAUUAAACUGAAGCAAAACA